GUCAGGCUUCAUAACUCGUAUCAGGAAAUAAAACAGGGAGUAUACAUCACUGAGGCGGACUAUAGAAAACUUUCCCUACUGGCAUGGUUGGUGAUUUAGUUUUAGUUGGCAGAGCAAAUAGCAACAUCGUUUUUCUGGGUCGUUGAAUAACAGAGUUCUUGGAGCGUUAUUACUUGAUUUGAACAUCCAGAAUGUGAUAUUAUUCAAAGGAACCGUGUGACUAAUAGCCCUACUUUUGAAGCGUACGAAAUUGUUUCACCUGGUUCAGCAACUUCAAUCCCUAAAAAAACUAUUGCCACAGAUGCUUGUUUUCAAGAACAUUAGUAUUGAUUUAAUCUGUACAUCAGAAGUGGGAUUGGCAUUCAAAAUUAAGCUUUCUAUCCUGUCCUGGGGAGUCAUAACAGUUUGAUAAUCGAUGUGAGAAGUUCGCUUUUCCUGAAAUUAACAUGGUUAAGAAGAUCAUAAUGGCUAACGUGCCACGUUGCUUGCUAUUAAGGGUGCUAUUUUUGUGUACCGGUGUUUCGUUUACUUAUGGACUCUUAAGAAGUGAUCGUUUAGAAUGUUCGGCAACACCAGUGGAUGGUGUGAGACCAUUUCGCGUAGGACAGUAUGUCAACUUAGAAUGUAAUUGGGUAGAUUUGACCCCACCUAGCAACUUCCUUAGUAACGCAUCAUCUGUCGGUUCUACAGUUGCUACCAGGACCGUAUCUCCGACCACCGCGAGGGGGAGUACCUCCAGCAGAGCUGAUGAAAGACCCCAGCUCGCGUGGUUCCGGAGAGAGAAUCCUGAAAAAUUAAGUGAACUAUCGGCCAGCCAUGAGAUGCUCGUUAAGUGGCGUUUAGCCGGUGAUGAUUUCGGAAUUGAAUUCCUCUGUGCGGCGACGAACGGGUCCGAAAUUCUCUACACCACCACCUGUUCGUUGGUGCCAUUAAAGGUUGUCCCUGAGGUGACGAUUACCAGCUCGCCAGGGGAGCACCACGUCGGAAAGAGCAACACCUUUAAAUGCGAUGGGCAACCAGCGUCCGAGAUCCGCACCUAUGAGUGGUUCCUUAACGGGCGCCAGAAGUUUCCGGAGCAUGACGACCGAUUCGACGGUGACUCACAUAUCAUCGUCGACGACGAAAACGAUCACAGGCACCGGUACCUGACGUUUGACAGAUUGAACAUGACCGAUAAUGGAACUCUUAUUACUUGUGAAGCAUGGACAGUAGAUAAUAUCACUAGCGAGGCUUCUGUACUGCUAAUAAUUACAGAAGAGGUUGAAGAUAGGACACCAUGGACCAAAGAAUCAGUUGUGUUAAUUGCAUGUUUAACAGCUGGCGGUGCUCCAGUUCUUUUUCUCAUUAUAGUCUGUGUUAUUUGGUGUAUAAGUCGUACUUUAAAGAAACGCCGCCGCGGUUACGAAAUCGAUUACAGCGGUAGCUUCAAAAGCGACGACGACGUGCCCGCAGCGACAGAAGAAAACGGUGCGCCAUUACAGCGACGAUUCCAAAGUAACAAUGCGGGGAGUAACUCCAACCAUCACGGUGCCGGUACAACCGCGGCGGCGAUACAGCGGCCAAACUUCUUCCGCGAGAAGUUCAAUCGCUUCAGCCAGUUGUUUUCCGCUCCGACGCGGUACACCGACGACGAGUCCAUCUACGAGAACACGACGCCCUCACUGACCACGACGUUUAACGAGCAAAGCCUGAGCCGCGGAGGGUCAAUACCGAAAGGAGGAUCCAUCACCAGGGGAGGGUCCCUUCAGUUACCGCAUCGUCCACCGCUAACGAAGUCGGGGUCUACUGUUUCAACGCCGAUGUCGGCACCGUUAUGUUCUUCUAGUCUGUCAAGAAGCCGGCAUGUCGAAUCGGACGAACAAGAAUACGAGAAUUUCGUGCCAUUAAAAGAUUACGAUAAUACCCCGUCUGCACUAGACGGAACGACGUCACCUUCGUGGUAAAACGACAGAAGGAAAGGAAAUUAACAAAACUGCGAAAUUCUCAGAUUUCUCACUCUGAAAAUGAUCUCGUCUGAUUCGCCUAAAUGAGGAGAUUAUGUGACUGUUGUUAUGUAUAGUUGACAUCUUUUGAUAAGCCUCCAGCAAAAAACAUACCGGAAUUUUCAUAAUGCCAACGAAUUACCUGGAAGGGAAAAAGCACUAUUCUAGUCAGAACCAACAAAAUAUGACCAUGUUACUUGUUUUUAAGUCAAGUAGGGCGUUUUAUCAUUAUUUGUGUCCGACAAGUAAUUCAUGUUAUCGGAUCUGACAGCUUUUCUUGAUUUUAAUUGGUUGAAAAGCACAGUAACGAUGAAAACUAUCCGAUAAAAACACAUUUCGUCUCGUCGUCUGUUGAAACGGAGAUCCAAUGCACAAGUCCCACCAGUAGUCAGAGGGCUGAAUCUUACUUCUGAAGGAUUAUAAUGUGCAAUCAAUCGUAAACAUCAGAGUGUAAUCAAUUUUUAAGCUUUGUGUAACCGGACCAUGUCUCCAUGGGUCCAUUUGCGGGCGCGUCGUGGUCUAGUGGGUCUGACUCUUGCCUUUCAAACAGAGGGUCGUGGGUUCGAAUCCUAGCCAUUAAGCCAUGGCGUGUUUUCCUUCAGCAAGACAUGUAUCCGCAUUGUGCUGCACUCGACCCAGGCGAGGUGAAUGGAUACCCGGCAGGAGUAAUUCCUUGCAUGCAUUGAGCGCAUGUGAUGGUAGCUCGAGCUAAAGUCGGGGUAAUAAUAGCAGCGCUUUGUAUCCUCAGGUAAAAAGCGCUUUAUAAAAACAGCCAUUAUUAAUAUUAUUUCAAUAACAAAUUUACAUUAACAGUUCAAAGCCAUUGUAAUCGUUUGAUUUGAUGGGCUGAUAGAAACUUUGCACUUGUUAUCACAACAAGUCUUCAUGAAACGGGAAUUAGGGGUCCGUUUCAUACCGAACUUAUAAUCAGUGGCGUCAUGAGGUUACUAUUUUGAGCGGGCCAGGUAUGGCGUAUGGGGCGGAAAAAUAAAUAUCGAAAAAUCUGCGAGAGAGUGAAGCGAGGGAGCAAAAAUGUUGAAAUUUUUUAAGUUUGUGAUUAUGACAUACUAUUCAGAAAAUGAUAUCAUCCAUUCUCCCACCCCUCUUUCCCCUUUUUGGUCGUGAAAACUUUUGUGGGGGCUGCGGCCCAAAGCCCCCCCCCCCCCCAUCUGUACGCCAGUGUUUAUGAUUAUGCUUACUUUGCCAAUCUGGUAACUACGAAGGUAACAUUGCUCAGCAGGAAAUUAUAAUCAAGGUUUCCAUGUCAGUCACGACAAUUGAAAAGUUACCAUCUUUACGAAAUCAUCUGUUAAAGACAAGUUUACUAUUCGACACUAUUGAAAGUGGUCGCUUUUCGGUCUAGCAAUAAAUGUGUUUGUUAUCCAUAUCUUAUAUGAAUUUUUUGUUAGCUGCAGCUAUUUCACACGCGUGUCCAUGGGGAAAUUUUCAAAGGUGUGACACAGUCUAAACAAAAAAAGAAGUUCAGAGUGCGAUGUGCACUACCGGAGGGGUGUAUAUGGGCUUUCCAAUUGUGUUGGGAAAUGCAUUUCCUCUUUGUUUAAUCAAAUUAAUUGUCUACUCUACCGGAAAAAAGUUGUUAACCUCAAUGAAAGUGUGUCGGUCACUAGGCCCUUGUUUAAAUAACAUUUUUAUAUAAAAACUGUGUUACGAACUGCUGUAUGUUUUUAAGACCCCUUUCCUGUAUUUGUUUGAUUUAUCUGGAAUUUAGUUAGCGUGCAUGGAAGUCGUAUAUAUAGCAAUGUCCUUUGUUUUAAGUGAAUUUUUAGCUCGAUAUCAUUGUUAUCAUGUGUGAGUAGAUGGAAUUAAGAGCCAUCGUUUAUCAUAGAUCUCAGUGUAUAAUUCUAUGUACUUUAAUUGGGACUCCUUUAUGUGAACGUAAUGAUAAAUAAGGUUAUGUGUUUUGUUUUACGUUAAUAUGUUUAUCUCUUUUUUACUACUGAUCAAAUAUGUUUACGCCCAAUAUUACUUAAGUCCUUCUAUUUUCAAACACAUGUACCCGAAAGUUUUGAAACAUAAUUAUGCAUAAAGAUCUGUAGAUUGUUUUAAUGUUAUAAAUCAAAAAUACAAAUCAUGGGAAUAUAGUCAUUAUGACGGACCAGUUCAACGUUUAUCGGAUUCUGUUAGGUUUGGUAUUGUUAUCGAGGAAAUGCGUGAUUCAUGUAUUCGAAAGCACCGAUUCUGCUUCCUUCCUCCAUGCGAACUGUGUGUUAUAUGACUUCUAUUUUUCUUUGUUCUCUCAUGGCAACGUCAUAUUGGAGUCAAGUUCAACGGUUCAUAUGCAAGUAGUUUAGUGCAGGGAGGCAAUAAUACACAGUAAUGGUUUGGGCGUUUUGUAGACCCUGCCUUGACCCCUUUCGAGGUUGCCUCAUCGUUUAGCAGAUGUGGUAGUUUAAAGUGAUACCACAUAACCUACAAUACACUCCAAAGACCAUCUGAAUCUAGUGAUAAGCGAUUUUUGUAUGUUUAACUAGAAUAACAGGCCUGUUAAAUACAAUCUAGUAACCUUAAACUUUCUGCAACAGCUUUUUUUUUGUCCUAGUCGAAAUUGAGACAAGGAUUUCGUCAUAACGACCAAUAUAAAUUUCAUAAAGCUGUUCGAAAGCUACUCUAACUUUGCGCGCGAAUUGUGACCCGGCCUUUGUUAUGAUGGAGUGCAUUCCUUAUACUGGUAGUCCACAAUCGAAAUUUUGAUUACCAAAAAAAAAGAAAGAUGCUACGAAAAUCAUAUUUCAACUGUUGGUAAUGGGACUAAAAAUGAUUGAAAAUAUGAAAUAACGCCCAACAUAGUGUGUUAAUGUCAGCAAAUGUGCGUGUUUUGUAACUUAGGGAACCGCCUAUAGGGAAAUAAAACCUUUGGAACAAGUGGGCUUGUGUGGAAACGGAAAAAUCAAAGAAUAAGAUCAAAGAAAGUUUGAGAAAAAUCGGACAAACAAUGAUAAAGUAAUGAGGAUUUGAAUAUUGCAAUCACUAAUGCAAUUUAGAUCCUCUAAUUGGCAAUGCGACCAAGAUGUGUGAUGUCACAUGUGAACAACUCUCCCUUUGAUGGACUAUAAAUUGCCUCCAAAAUGUCUCUUUUUGCUCUUUCCUAUGAUGAUACAAGCUCUGUAUCUAUAAUGUAUUCUUUGAGAAUAUGUAUUACAUGCUCUCCUAUCAAAAGAAUACAUGAUCUACAAGUAUAUGUAACAAAAGAUGCAGUUUAAGUGAAAUAUGUUAUGCAAAAGUAAUGGGAAAGUUGUUCACAUGUGACAUCACAUAUCUUUGUCGCAUUGCCAAUAGGAUGAUGAGCAUUACAAUAAUGAUCGAAACUUCACAUGUUCAAUACCUUCUUAAUAUUUAUUCAUUUUUUCUCAAACUUUCGUUUAUCUUUUUCUUUGAUUUUUUCUGGUUUCGUACAAGCUAUCUUGUUUCAAAGGUUUCAUUUCCCUAUAAUGAAAACAUCCACUGGUUGACGAUUUUGAGAGAUCUGUGGUCCGUCGAGGGCGGAGGGGGGGGGGGGGGGGGCAAAACGACCCUCCCUCAUAGACUGUUGUACAAAUUCGAAGUUCGAGGGCGGGGGGGGGGGGGAGGGCACCUCAAAACCCCUUUCCCCGGGAAUCGCUGAAACACCAACCCGGACCUGCUAAAAUCAUGAAAUUAUUAUUCAACCCUCGGAAUGUAAAGGCAUCAGCACCAUUUUCAACUGAUCUGAUCUUAUCACAACGGUUAACGUAACUAUAGAUAUUAUUUGACAAUACUCAUUUUCCACUGUCUUGUUAGUUAAUCAAGUGAUUGCACUCUUGUGGCACAGUGUUCUACCCAAAAUCCACCACCAUAGAGGUGCCAUUUUUGUACGUGUUUUCUUCCAUCUCGAUUGUGUUAAUCACGACUUAAUUAAUGUUCAGUUUAAAACGACUAGUAAUAGAAUAAAUCAAGUUAGUUUGUUUUAAUAAUGAAUGGUUUUGUAUAUAGCAUUACUGAAUUCACUGCAAUAAUCAUGAUUAUCAUUUAAUUCUAGUAUAUUCUGCUUUAUUCUUUAAGCUUAAUUUCAAUCAAACCUCUGUAUAUAUAAAUAAAAUGAAACGUAUAAUUAUGUUUUUAAAAAAUCUAGCGAACAUCGGAAGUUAUUGAAAAUAUACUAUAUUUUGUCAGGUUUUUUUUACAUUCAGUGGGAGUGAUGUAAAUAUGUUGAAAAUAUAUAUAUCGAUUAAGAAAAUGUGAAAAUAAGUUGCAAUUCCCGAUUUAUUUCCGAAUAUUAUUGUGAGAGUAUAUCAACGGUAGUCUUGACUUUAAGUUCUCAAUGCCUUUUUAAUUUUAUUCGUUAAAGUAUUUUAAUUGUCAUUUUUAUGAUAAUUCUAUUCUUCUGAUGAUCUAUGUAACACAUGUAUUAGAACAAACAGAUGAUAUAACGUGCAUAUCAAGAAUGUUCUAUGAAUGAAAUACAAGAAUACAGAUACAUGAAUUUAAAAAGCUACAACGAUGACUUUAUCAUGAGUAUUGUGCAUGCUUAUUUUUCUAUUAAGGACGAGUCUUCCGUAAUAGGGGAUUACUCUGAAUGAAUUAAUGAAUACGACAAACUCUAGCAGGCAUAACGCAGAUAACUGUAUGAAAUUCAGAUAACAUUUAUAAAAAAGUGGAAUUUUAAUUUUGCGAUGCUAACUUUUCAUGAAAUGGUAUCAUAAACAUAAUGGGCAUAAAGACAGUCGAUGAUGUCACACAUCUUAAUUUCCUUUCUUGUUUAAAUUAGAAAUUUGUCAAUAUUUUGAUUUUCCUCCAGAUAAUGUCGCCCAUGUUUUAACUUCGCAUGAUCGCCGUUUUGCAAUUUUUUGUUCUUUUGUCUCCGUUGAUAUACUUUGUAUUUUAUCUUGUCCUUUCUUUACUACGUAUUCUACUUAACCACUGUUUGGGGAACUUCGCUUUUACAAGGCCUCUUGAUGUUUUGUGCCGUUCCCUAUUUCAUUUUCAUUUUUUCUUUUGCUUGUUAAUAAUUUCUUAUAUUUUGUAUUAUGUAUAUUUUUUAACCCAGAACGAAAUAAAUGCGAAUUGAAUUGAAUUGAA